AUGGAGUGGCUGAGGUUCAGCACCGUGGACAGCGCCGGAGUUUUCCUCUGUCUCCUCUGCGUGCUGUCGGGGGUCUCGGUUGUAGCAGAGCAGGAAGUGGAGAAUCUGUCUGGUCUGUCUCCAAACCCGGACAAAGACAUUUUCGUGGUGCGUGAAAAUGGGACGACUUGUUUGAUGGCAGAGUUCGCAGUGAAAUUCAUCAUCCCCUACGACGUCCUCGCGCUUAACGGAAUAGACUUGAUCAUGGAGCAGGCGGCUCUGUCCCUCCCCCGUGGUGCGCAGAUCGCAGGCACGUGUGGAAGCAGUGAGGCAGAGCUGCACAUCUCCUGGAGCAAUAACGCCUUCACGUUCCGCCUGUACUUCAGCAAGGAGAAACACACCGUGAGAAGAGAUGGGAAAACUAAAGAGAGUGAAGUGUGGAAGAUAAGCAAGGUUCAGCUGAUUUAUGACACCUCUGAGACAACGCACUUCAUCAACGCGUACAACCCGGGGAAACACACUGCCAGCACCCGUCAUCACUCAGCCCUGGUGACACCAGCAGGCCGCUCGUACACAUGCACAGCUCAGCAGACCCUCACCCUCAUCUCCAGUGACCAUCAGAAAGUCAUCACGGUCUCCAUGUCUGACAUCCAGAUUCAACCUUUUGACAUCAAAAGCGACUUUGUAUUCAGUGAACCGUAUAAGUGCAUCACAGACCAGCGUGAGCGGCUAGAGGAGACCCUGCCCCUGGUGCUGGGGCUCAUCCUGGGCCUCAUCAUCGUCAUCACUGUCACUAUCUACCACUUCCACCUCAAACUGACGGCUCAUCAACCCCAGCUGCCCCGUGACCGCUCCCUCUACAAGCACAUGUAG